CCUUGAUCACGUGAUAUCAGAAGUUUUUAAAGCGACACAUUUGUGAGUAUCGUCCAAGACGAAACUCGUGUGAACUAUUACAAAUUAUUACAAACUGUUCCCUGACUGAGAGAGGGAGAUGUAUGAAAAUGUGCCAACAGUCUCAACAGUGGAGCGCCAGAAGGUGUUGCAGGCCUUGGAGCGGCUGCAGGCCAAGAUGGCCCAGCGUGAGGAGUGGACUCACAGUGAAAGACUAGGGGUGCUGAGGGACGCCCUACAGAGUCCACUGCUGGGACACAUCCUCACACUGCAGCACUCCAUCAAACAGCUCAAAGACCAGCUUAACUGCAUGCCUCCCGACACCUGCAGUGAGUUCAGCUUCUCCAGGAAGGGCCAGCUGAUUGUCAGUGCCAGCCGCCCGACCAGCAGCCUGGGCACGUCCGGCCCCGGCUCGGCCCGCUCCUCAGUGGUCCCUUCCUCCCCUGACCAGCUCCAGAGAUGGCUCCACACUGUCGCCAAGGGGAGGUUGACAGAGCAGAUCAGCUUGUCAAAGCCUCUGUCUGGCGGGCUGGGCUUCAGCGUGGUGGGCCUGAGGACUGAGGGGACCACUGGCCACGGGGUCUUCAUCAGACAGGUUCAGCCUGGGAGCAUCGCACACAGGGAUGGGCGCAUGCAGGAGAAUGACCAGAUCCUGGUGAUCAACGGGACACCCCUGGACCAGAGUGUCAGCCAGCAGCAGGCCAUCGCUCUGCUGCAACAGCCUGGGGACAGAGUGGAUCUGGUGGUGGCCCGGGACCCAGCCACUGCCACGCACCGUGCCCACACACCACCGCCACUGCCCCCGGUCGGACCAAACAUUCCCACGGAGCAGUGGGGCCACGUGGAGGAGAUAGAGCUGGUGAACGAUGGUUCGGGCCUGGGCUUCGGCAUUGUUGGAGGCAAGGCCACAGGAGUGGUGGUGAGGACUCUUGUCCCAAACAGCGUGGCUGACAAGGAUGGGCGCCUUCGGACGGGGGACCACAUCCUGCGUAUCGGGGAGACCCCCACGAGGGGCCUGGCCAGCGACCAGGUUGUCAAGGUGCUGCAGGCCUGCGGGAGCCGCGUGUGCAUGCUCAUUGCCCGCGACCCCUCGGGGCAGCCCUCCACCUCGCCGCCCCCCCCUCCCGCCGCUGGCCCCGUCUCAGCCCUGCCGCCGCUGCCUGGAGGUGGGCCCCAGCGUAGGGUCAGCAAGACGCCUAACCUGGAGGGUUACGAGAUCCAUGAGGUGCCUCUGAGGAAGAAGGACGGCCAGAGCCUGGGCAUCUCCAUCAUCGGAUACAAUGCCUUGACUAGUGAAGAUGCGGUCGGUGUGUUUGUCAAGAACGUAGUUCCUGGGAGUGCCGCUGACCAGAGCGGAAACAUCUGGGUCCACGACAGAAUCAUAGCGUUGGACGGGGUGAGCCUACAGGGCUUUACCAACCAGGAGGUUCUGGAGGUGAUGAAGAAGACUGGCCAGACGGUCCAACUCACCCUGGUCAGGAAGAUGGCCUCACCCAGACCCUCAGUGGAAAGAUCUCUGGACAAAGUCCAGAGGGAGCCAUCACGUGUGUCUUUGAAGAGGUCUGCGGAGGUCAAGGCUCGGUCAUCUGACCUGCAGAGGGCCCCCAGCGUGGCGCACCUUCCCGAGCACACUGAAACACUUCUGAUGAGUAGCAGGACACAGCCAGCCCGAGCCAAGCAAGAGGCCUCUCUGUUGGAGAUGGAGUUGAGGGCCAAGUGGGAGCAGGCGCUGGGACCACAGUAUGACGUCCUGGUAGUUGAACUGGAUCCUGUCAUUGAAGAUGAUGCUGAGCUACAGAAGUACUCCAAGCUUCUGCCCAUUCACACCAUGCGUCUCGGGGUGGAGCUGGACUCUUUCGACGGCCACCACUACAUCUCCUCUGUGGCCCCCGAGGGCCCUGUGGCCAAACACGGACUUCUGAGACCAGAGGACGAGCUGCUGGAGGUAAACGGUGUGCAGCUGUAUGGCAGGUCUCGGCGUGAGGCAGUGGCCUUCCUGCGUGAGGUGCCCCCUCCCUUCACCCUGGUGUGCUGCAGACACCUGACAGAAGAUGGGUCAGACUACCAGCCGGGCCCGGAGGACGAGUGGCGCUCAGCCAGCCCCGCCACCAGCAUCUCCGAGAUUGAAGCCAAGCUGUCCUCUUUAUUGACUAGUCAGGCCUACCUUCAAGACAGUGGGCGUGAACCGCCUCAGGACCAAAUCACCUUGAAGCAGGUGACAGAGGAUGUACCAGAGGAGCCCCCGCCAUCAUACUCCAGCCACCAGGAGGAGGAGGAGGAGGAGAGUGAGGAGAAGGAUGAAGAUGAGGAAGAGGGAGAGCUGGCUCUGUGGUCUCCCGACAUCCAGGUGUUAGAGCUGGAUAAGGGAGAAAGAGGGCUUGGCUUCAGCAUCUUAGACUACCAGGACCCCCUGGACGUGGCACGCUCCGUUAUUGUGAUCCGCUCGCUGGUGCCCGGCGGUGUAGCAGAACGCCAGGGCGGGCUGCUGCCUGGGGACCAGCUGCUGUUUGUCAACGACACCUACCUGGACCGCUGUACCCUGGCCCAGGCUGUGGAGGUCCUCAAGGCUGCCCCGUCGGGAACCGUCUACCUGGGCAUCCGCAAGCCAUUGGUGGUGGAAGGGACUGAGGAGAAGGCACACGGGGCCUUGAGGCUCCAGAGGACCGAGGCACAGAGUGACGACCACGAGGACUUUGGACAAGAAGAGGAUGAACCUGAGCUGAUUCUGGAUGGAGGCUUCCCUCGCUACGCCUCACCUCCGAACCCUUCCUUGAUCCUUGCCCCUACCUCAUCCCUGACCCAUAGGAGCCUUAACCCCACCCCCACUCCCCCCCUAAACCCCAGCCCCACUCCGCUGUCUGAAGAGAGGGAGAUGGCUGUGGACGAAGAAGAAGAAGAGCUGGUGGAACUUAGAGAGGGGCAGACGAUAGAGCACCACCCCAGAAAAGCCCCGCCUUCGUGGGGAGAGUGGCAGGGAGAGAGAGGCUCUGUCUAUCCAGCGUCCAGCCAAUCAGGAGUCCAUGUAGAGGUGGAGGUGCCAGAGGGAGGUGGAACCGAGGAGGCCGUGUCCAAUCCAGAGCUGCGGGCCCGAGCCCUGGUUCAGCAGCUGUCUGUGACCCAGUCAGUGGACUCCUGGGUGGAGACGGCCGAGAGUGAGGCUGACUCAAAUUCCAGGAACGGUGGAUCAGAACUCACCCUGACAGACACAGACACAGACUCAGUGCGUUUGGUUGACACAGAGAGGAGGAAGAGGAGGUCCAAAGGAAGGGCUGGAAGAGGAGGUGGCCAUGGUGCUCUGCCGGAGAGGGAGGAAGGAGAAGGAGAGGAGACUCCUGCCUAUAGUCACUGGGGACCUCCACGCAGAGUGGAAGUGUGGCAGGAAGAAGACGAGGCCCUUGGCAUCAGCAUAGUGGGUGGACGCAGUGUCAUCAAGAGACUGAAGAACGGAGAGGAACUCAAGGGCAUCUUCAUCAAACAGGUUCUGCUGGAGAGUCCUGCAGGACGCACACGCGCGCUCAAGACUGGAGACAAGAUACUGCAGGUUUCUGGGGUGGAUCUCCAGAAUGCCAGUCACGAGGAGGCGGUUCAGGCCAUCAAGGCAGCUCCCAGUCCUGUGGUCUUCAUCGUCCAGAGCCUCUCUGCCACUCCGCGGCCUGUGUCGCUAACGGCGCCCAGUUACAGCCGACACAAGGCAAACAGGAGACACAUGUCGAAAGCAGCAACAAUUGGAGUAGCAGGGGCCCCAGUGAGGUUACCCCCACCCUACCACCCCCCCAGUCAGCUAUCAGAGGAUCAGGAUGAGGAGCUGGAGGAAGCCAAAGAGCGGAUCAGGCUGCGCUACGGGGAUCUCCAGGGGGAGCUGCUGUGUGUGGAGCUGGACAAGGAGCGCCAGGGCCUGGGUCUGAGCCUGGCUGGCAACCGCGACCGCUCCUGCCUCAGCAUCUUCGUGGUGGGCAUCAGCCCUGGGGGAGCUGCCGCCAAGGAUGGACGAAUCCGCGUGGGGGACGAGCUGCUGGAGAUCAACAACCAGGUCCUCUAUGGCCGGAGCCACCUGAACGCCUCAGCAAUUAUCAAGAGUGCCCCGUCCAAGGUCAAGAUCACCCUGAUCAGGAAUGAAGAUGCUAUCAACCAGAUGGCUGUUCCUCCUUUCCCAAACCCUCCUGCUGUCCUGUCCUCCACUGAGCCUCACCCGCCUCCAGCAGCAGUGGUAGUGUCCCCAGCCCCUGCAGAAAAGCACCAGUCACCUGAAAGCCUGACCCUCAGCAGGGGGCCCCUGGAGGCCACCAUCUCCAUCAGCAAGCACACCGUCGCGCAGUCACACAAACCUGAGCAGUCCCGGGUCGGAUCCACAGGCAGCACGGCGUCCGAGCUGGUCACCAGAGAAGCAGCACCAAUGAACGUCCGAGAGGGAGAAACCACCUUAAAGAAGCUCAAGGCCUCGGAUGAGGGGCCCUCAGAGUCUUCGGAGAGUGUUCCUUUGCUGGCUGCCAAGGCCUCCCUGGAGCAGACUACCAACCAGGCCAAAACCGUGUUGAGCUCCUCCAGUAAGCUGCCUCUUGUGAGCAGUGUGGAUGGGGGUCUAGUGUCCCCUUCUGCCCCAUCCCUGCCCUCCUCCACCACCAGCCCGGACUUUGAGUACUGUAGCAAAGACCCAGCCACGUGUCCUAUCGUUCCAGGCCAGGAGGUUGUCAUCGAGAUCGCCAAGGGCCGUUCUGGUCUAGGCCUCAGUAUUGUCGGGGGCAAAGACACCCAGCUGGAUGCCAUAGUGAUUCAUGAGGUUUAUGAGGAGGGGGCCGCAGCGCGUGACGGCCGUCUGUGGGCCGGGGAUCAGAUCCUGGAGGUAAAUGGUGUGGACCUGCGCAGCGCAGCCCAUGAGGAUGCAAUCACAGCCCUGAGGCAAACCCCAGCCAAAGUGUGUCUAACUGUUCUACGGGACGAAGCACAGUACCGCGACGAGGAGAACCUUGAUGUGUUCCCUGUGGAGCUUCAGAAGAAGGCCGGACGCGGUCUGGGCCUCAGUAUUGUUGGCAAAAGGAACGGAACGGGGGUGUUCAUUUCGGACGUGGUGAAAGGGGGUGCUGCAGAGCUGGACGGCCGCCUGAUGCAGGGCGACCAGAUCCUGUCCGUCAACGGGGAGGACAUGAGGCAGGCAUCGCAAGAGACCGUGGCCGCCAUUCUCAAGUGUGCCAGGGGGAUGGUGCUCCUAGAACUGGGCCGACUGAAGGCUGCCUCAUGGAUCUCUUCCAGACACACCUCCCAGGGAAGCCAGAUGAGCCAAGUGAGUACCAGCAGCACCGUCGUAAUGCCCCGCCCCCCACUAAACUCCACCCCUUCCACCUCUCAGCUCAUAAACAACUGGAAGCCAACCACGGAGACCAUGACAUCAUCGAAAAGCGCAGUUGCAGAUAGUGGUAUGCGCACAGUGGAGAUCACACGGGGUCCUACUGAUGCGUUGGGGAUCAGUAUUGCAGGGGGAAGGGGCAGUCCUCUGGGGGAUAUUCCCAUCUUCAUAGCAAUGAUCCAGGCCAACGGGGUGGCUGCCAAGACACACAGACUCAAGGUGGGAGACAGGAUAGUGAAUAUAAACGGCCAGUCCCUGGAUGACCUCUCCCAUGGAGAUGUCGUCACCAUGCUGAAGAACGCUUACGGCAGCAUCCUUCUCCGGGUGAUUGCCGACACCAACAUCAGUGCCAUAGCAAGUCAGGUGGAGAGUAUGUCUACUGGCACAAAUCUUCUCAGCAAUCCUGAGACCCAGCUUGGAGAACCACAGACUCCCAAGCCUAAGAGUAUCUGUCUGGAGAAGGGUUCAGACGGCCUGGGAUUCAGCAUCGUAGGGGGCUUCGGCAGCCCCCAUGGAGACCUGCCAAUCUACAUUAAGACGGUCUUCAGCAAGGGGGCAGCAGCAGUGGACGGGCGGCUAAAGAGGGGCGACCAGAUCCUGUCUGUAAACGGAGAGAGUCUGGAGGGGGCGACACAUGAACUUGCCGUUGCCAUACUGAAGAGACAGAAGGGGGCCGUCACCCUGGAAGUGAUCUCCUAGUUUACACACACAGACACAACCACACACACACACACACACACACACAUAGGCACACCACUCCUGUACACCGGACUGGGCUCAUAGUGAUGGUUGAACUUUCCAACAUGCAAAAAACCGGACUCUUUUCCUAGGAGUUGACCGGCACCCGAAUGCCGCGCUCACCCCCAUAAACAACCCUUUAAUGACAAGGGCCGUUGGUUCUGGAAGUAUUUGGUAAAUAGGUGGCACAGGAUCGUGUACAGCCCUAGUGUGGUGUCGGGAGGAAUAUGGGCGCCGCCGUGCACAGCUGCGCCGUCAAGUGCACCAUGGGAAAUAAGAGGACUAGGUUGGGGCCUGCAGGAAGUAGUGACACCUACCUGUGUGCUAUUUUAGGAGCUUCAUUGUCGCGGCAGUCCAGCUCCACUGACUGGGAACACAGCGCGCCUCAAAAUGGCCUGCAUUUCGAUAGACAGGAGGUAAAGGGAAGCUCCGCGGUCAAACAAUGUGAAUAUCAGAUUUCAUUUGUCUCAUGUCAGCUUUUUUGUGUAAUGGCUCUCGUGCUUCCUUCACAGAACAGCAAUAUGAGGUUUAGUUGGUUCGGGAGGUUUCUUCACUGUGAGCCUUGCGUUAGCUUAGCAUCUUCUUUUUGGGGAGACACUGGUUGAGCUUUAGCAAUGUUACCUACAGGUACUGCUAUUUGGCAAACUGAGGGUGCCUGGUCUCAGCAUGGAACGGACCUAGUACGGCCAAGUACAAAACUGGAACUAUACAUGCGUGCGCACACACACACACACACACACACACACACACACACACACGGUUAAAUCUCCUCUUGUUGAACUAUUCCUGAAAUGUUGUUCAACAGUGAUUAAGGUGUUCACUGCAAACAGAAGGAUCCAGUGCAUUUGUCCGAAUAUUACUAAAGUAAUUGGUAACCUGCCAUUCACUUCUUAGCAUGCUCGUAAGCAUGACAUAGCACUAUCUGUAGACAGUUAUAAAGGCCAACUGUUACCGGCUGGUAUGUUUCUAUGCAGUACCUUGUGUAGUUGUGCUACAACUAGUAAGCUUUUGUCGGUGUAACAAGGAAGCUUUGCUUUGCAAAUGUGAGACAGGUUAGUAGUAUACGAUCCGAGGCCAUGAGCAAUGUAUACUGUAUGCAUGUUUUAGCACUGUUGUGUCAGGUACGUUUCUCAUAGCAGUACAGUGUAAUGUAGGCAAUCUCAGGACUUUUAUGGGGCAUUGUGAGUCUGUGUGUGGGUAGGUCUGGAGGUAAGCCAAAUAUGCUGGGCCUGAAAUAGCUCUGGAAGCCUAUGAAAUAGUGUCAAAAUACAACCCUGUCUUAACUAGCCUAGUCGUAAAUGUUUGUGCUACUCCCAUUGUCUUUUUGACGCCAAGCAAGACAACCCAGGCAGGUUGUGUUUUAGCUGGUGGUGGCGGUGGAGGUUUUGUGCUUAUGCUACUUUUAGUUGGUUCAUGUACAAUCCUCCACCCACUAUCAUUUCAAAUUGUCAGUGGACUGGAAACAUGCAUUUCGAUCGAGUGCUAAUACUUGUUCAACCAGCUUUUGUUUUAUUUGUGUUGAUGUUACAUGUAUACUGUUACUAGCUUAUUAUUUUGUUUAUAGAAGCACCAGAAUGUGUAAUGUAUUUUUUUGUGAUCAUUUGUUAUCAUGUACCAGGGUCAUGUUCAUUAGGCAGCAAACUGAAGUGAACUGACUGGGACCAACAACCCAAACUUGUCCAAUAAGAAAUUAGUGUUUUGGUUUUCCGUUACAAAAUGUUUUGCGACGGUGUACGCGUUAAUAAAAUGAAUGCAUUUAAGAUUUUCUUUGUCAUCAGUUGCAAGCAACGUUCAGCAGAAAUUUGACAUCCGCUUUUAACCCAGCCUAUCCAAUUUGGAGAGGAGGUAGCGGCUACCAUAAUGGGGUCUUGGGGAACAGUUAGGGUUAACUGGCUUGCUCAGGGGCAGAACCACAAAUUAUUUUGACUAUGGCUGCUCAUAAAUAGUUAGGCUAGGAACCUUUUUGUUCCUGACUAGCAGUUGUCUUCCUGGCCUACAGUAACUGCUUGCCUACCGGACCAAAUUGCUAUGCUACCAGCUGCCAUUGAAUCUGCCUCAUCUGUGCAUGCCACUUCACACAGCACUGUCCAGCUAUAUGGCCUUCGUGUUCAACAAUGACAGGAUAUCCUGUCCCUUACUGCCAGAGCCCAUCGCUCCUGUCUUUCAUCACUCCUGCGUUGCUGCAACCCCUCCAUGCUCACAGGAAGUGACGACAAGUCAUUUUGAUGCUUUCCCUGCGUCAUUUUAAUUUGGCGCCAAAGACGGAAAAAAUUACUUGAAACAAGAACAGUAUACCCGGACUGGCCCAAUUUUCUGUUUUAAACCAACUUCAAUGCCCUAAUUAAUAUGACCCUUGUUCAGAUUGAGGAGACGCCUUCAUGUAACUUCUAGUCUCUUGAGAGGCUCACUGUUUUAACCUGAUUGGCUGACAUGCUGGAGUGAACCGUGUGUCUGGUUUACCCUGAUUGGCUGACAUGCUGGAGUGAACCGUGUGUCUGGUUUACCCUGAUUGGCUGACAUGCUGGAGUGAACCGUGUGUCUGGUUUACCCUGAUUGGAUGACAUGCUUGAGUGAACCGUGUAUGGUUUACCAUGAUUGGCUGACAUGCUGGAGUGAACCGUGUGUCUGGUUUACCCUGAUUGGCUGACAUGCUGGAGUGAACCGUGUAUGGUUUACCCUGAUUGGCUGACAUGCUGGAGUGAACCGUGUGUCUGGGUGUUUUUCAUACCUCAGGCGUAGUUAUAUGAGAGCACUGAAACUAGUUAUUGAUCCUUUUAAAUGCAAACAGCUCUGCUAUUUAUUUAUUUAUCUCUCUCUUUCUCUCUGUCUGCGUUUUUCGAUGUUGCUUUCUCGCGCUACUUUCUUUGUCUUGUGUUCUAUUCUAGACUUGAGGAUUCUGACUGACCGUGUGUUACGAGUGUCAGUAGGCUGUGAGUGACCGAGUGUACAUAUGCAGGUUUGUGUGUUCAUCAGAAAAUGUACUGAUCUUCCUGUACCACCCAAUAAUUCUGUCUUAAAAUGCCAGUAAGGAUAUGACUGCCCGUCCAUAUAGGCGCAAAUACAUUUUAAUUUACAUUGUUGAUGAAUGGAACAAAUUAUCAAAUCCAAAGAGACGUUCCACCCUUCACAUAUUCACGUAUGUAAUAACAACAAUAAGCAUUUACAUUAUAUAUCUAUAGAAGAAAUGCAAGUUUUAAAUGGAAAUGUGUGUAGUCUACUUAUUGUGGUCGUACACUAAUCCUCAUUAUGAAUUCUCCUCGUUUGAUGAUGAUUAUGUAUGUUUUAAUAAAUUCAAGGGGAGCACAA